GUCAUCGGCUCAUAUCUUCCUCGCGAAAAACCCUCGGCGGUCGUGGAGACCUCAAGCAAAUCAGGUUACAUUUCCUUCGAUUCGUAGAAAAUUGAAGAUCAAAGAAGGGGAAAACGCUCUAAAAUUUAUAAAAUGGCUGAAAAUAAAGAGAUUCCGUCUCAAUACGAUCUGAAUGCGAAGUGGGAUGCCUGUCUAGAUUUGGGUGUUCGUCGUUUCGUAUACUCCGCCGGUAUCGGUGCUUUCGCCGGUCUUCUGUUAUUCCGUUCCCCUGUUACAAGGUGGGCAUCAAUUGCUCUUGGUGCUGGAGUGGGAAUUGGAUCUGCAUACUCUGAUUGCUCUCACAAAUUUGAUGCCUCAACUUCCACUUCUCCCACUGUUGCUAAGCAAUCAGCAUUUGCAUGAAAUCUUUUUGAAUUUCUGAAUACGAAUUUUCAGGACUGAAAAAAAUAACCAGAUGAUGAGGGGUUGAAGGUGUAAUUGUGAAGAUUGUUGAUGUUUUCCAAUGAUCAAGUGAAAUGGAUUUUGAAUUUUAUCUUGUAUGAAUGAAUUUAGAAGAAGAGUAAUAAUUUUGGCAAACUGGCAAUGUCCACUUUUUACAUUACAUUUACUGAUUUCACAUACAUACAUUUGAUGUACAAUCAAAACUAUUUUUUUUUUUUUUGGUUU